AUGUCGUCAACAGACGCGGUGCCCAUCUACCGCAUCGACCUCGCCCUCCCGCCAGAGCAGCGAUACGUCCAAAUAGCAAAGGACUUUGCUGAGCAGCUGCGGGCCAUAGCGCCCCUUUACGACCUUGUCCUUGCACAGAUCCUGGUCUACCCGCCGAUCAUCCGCCUCGCAAAGUUCUUGGUCCGCCUGUGCCUGCGCCGCGUCUACGACGACGACGAGAACCGCGAGAUCCGCUCCAUCGCCGAGACGGCUGGCGUCGAUCUGCAUCUCGUCGUCGCCCUCAACACCUUUCUGGAUUGUCUGCUGGGGUGCACCUCGGGUACGGUCCCGGUUUGCGAUGAUGACGCCCCGGAAGACGCGCCGUCGCAUUUGAUGCAUUUUCGUACGCUUGACUGGGGCAUGCCCGAGCUGGCGGAUGUACUAGUUCAACUUGACUUUGUCGACUCCAAGUCACAACAACCUGAUCGCGUCUUGGCGAGAUCAAUAACAUACGCCGGUUUUGUCGGUACCCUCACUGGCGUCAGGCCGUUGAUGAACACCAGAACAAAGUCGUCCAUUUUCCACCAGGUCCUCGUUCUCCUAGGCCGAAGACCACCGAUAUCCUCCAUGCUACGUCAAGUGCUGUUACCACCCAAACCUGUCGACGUUAAAAGCGCAAAGGACACAGAUACCAGCAGCCUCAUCGCCUUCGCGACCGACUUCAUGAAGAACCCGUCGCCGUCGUGCUACCUCAUAUUCAGCACCCCACAGGAGGCGGUGGUCAUCCAGAAAGACUACAUCGGUGGCAACAUCAAACACACGUACGACUUCAUUGCCCAGGCAAACCACGACACCAACCACACCCUCUGCUGCGGGGCCUCCGAGUUCCACCACAAGGCACUCGAGUUGGAAGAUUCAUCUUCCAUUCCGGAGGACUCUCUAUGGCUUUCCGGGUCGGCUGAGCGGCAGAACUUUAUCCAUGACAACUGGAAGACUCACAGCAAGAGAUUAGAGGCUACUGCCUCGACGGAUGUUGACACAGCGGAAGGGCAGAGCGGCAAUGGAUCGUGCAUAGCCUUGGCAAAGAGUCUUCAGCCGAAUUCUCGAACUCGAGGCGUUACUAAGAGCGUCUUGAAGAGGUGGAUGAUGUCUGAGCCCGUGUUUAAUGACUUCACACACUUUGCGACGGCCAUGGAUCCUCUUUCUGGGGAUGUUGUUUUCCUUAAGAAGGGUGAACUAAACAUACCAUCUCUAUAA